CAAAAGCAAGCUACGGCUUCACAGAGCUACAGCUCUUCGAUCUCGUGAGGCUUUAACCCAAUUUCCUCUUCCUUUUUAUCCUUCUCCUACCACCAUUCUUCAUUACACUUUUCCUAAAACACCUACUCCACCAGUCCACCUCUUAUUCAUAAAUUCCCCGUUCUUAAUUACUCCAGAUCCGGUCUUUUUCUGCACGAUGUAUUUGUUUCUUCAUUGAGAAAGUAUGAGUAAUACAAUGAUGCCGAGGGUGAAAGUCAUGGUGUAUUUGGUCUAUGACAGGGGUUAACACCACCUGAUAGGUCUGAUCCUUGAAUUAAGCCUUCACUCUGUUCAUAAUACAAGUAUGGAGGGUGGUGUUGUGUGUGGUUUCUGAUAAUAAAAUUCCUAUACACACUUCUUUUUCUUCUUCUUUUCUUCUUUGUCGUAGUCAUUAUUCUCUGUAAGUAAUGAAGGGGAAAGGUAAGCAAGGCUUGAUCACGAAAACAUGGGAGCGAUGCAAAUCCAUCGGCCGCAAGAGUACUUCCUCUGCGGCCGUGCCUGCUCUUACAAAGAAGAGCAUGUCCUGCCCGAACAUCGUCCUUUCCACGACGGAUGAUGAUGCUCGUCUUCGUCACCGUCGCCAGGUUGCACCAGAAGGCUGCUUCUCCGUUUACGUUGGACCUGAAAAGCAAAGGUUUGUGGUGAAAACCGAGUACGCCAACCAUCCCCUCUUCAAGUUGCUGCUUGAAGAAGCCGAGUCAGAAUUCGGGUACCAUAGUAAAGGUCCUCUCGUGCUUCCAUGUGGCGUUCAAGUUUUCUACAAGGUGUUACUGGAAAUGGAGGAUUGCGGUGGUGCUGAUGAGAAGGCUCCUCGAGGCUGUGGAUUUGCUAAGCGCCAUGGAUCUUAUCAUCUUCUCAGCCCGUCUCGUUUGGUUGUCUUUAAUCAAUUCUAGCUAGCUAAUUUAUAUCUAUGAAUCUAUGAUCAUAUAUGUAUCUCCGCUCAAGCUUGGGUUAAUAUGUAUCUGUUUGGUUUAUGUACAUGAUUUCUGGGAUUUAAUUAAGUUGGCUUUAGACUUUAGUCCUGCAACUAGGAUGGGCUAAUGGGAGAGUAAAAACACUAAUUAAGCAGGACAAAGUUUGUGAUAUAUUAUACUGAACUUAUACUUGGU